UUUGUUACUCAUUUAUAUCAUAUAAUUUAAUAAUAUUCAAUUAAAAUGUGAAAAAAUAUAAUUUUCCAAAAUUUGGUUUUUCUUUUAAGUCGCACGGUGGUCCAAUGCGCAGCUUCAUACUCACCCUCCAUAAUCAUACACAUGUAUAUAAUAGAUAUAAAUGUUAAAUGUUCGUGGCAGUUUCUAUUCAAACGACGCGCUUGAAAUACCGUAUUGCAAGGAUAAAUUUUUAAAAAAUGAGUAAUAAUAUUUCUGACAGUAGAAAUAGUAAUUUUGUUUAUGGAAUAAUAGCAGCGGUACUUGGACUUAUUGGGUUUUUUGGAAUAAUAUUAAAUUUAUUUGUUAUUGUUGUUAUCAUCAAAAAAUCAAGAGCGGUUUGGACACCUAUAAACAUAACACUAGUUAAUCUCGCAUGUGGGGACUUUUUAGUCGCUCUUUUGGGAGAUCCUUUUGCAUUUGUAUCUGCUUAUAACCGUGGUUGGUACUGGAGUCAUGCAACUUGUAUAUGGUAUGCUUGGUUUAUGUCAAGCCUCGGUCUAUCAAGUAUUGGGCAUUUGACAGUAUUGGCAAUUGAAAGAUGGUUCAUGAUUGUUAAGCCGAUGCAAACGUUAAGUGUUAAAUCAUCGUUAUUCCUAGCAGCGGGAGUAUGGAUUUAUGGAAUAAGUUUGAGUUUACCACCUCUUAUAGGGUGGGGUAAAUUUGGUUAUGAAGCAGCUAAUAUAUCAUGCAGUGUUUCAUGGGAACUUCAUGAUCCAUCAACGAAUACGGAUACUUAUAUUGCAUUUCUUUUUUUUUUUGGUUUCAUUGCACCUGUUACUCUUAUCUGUUUUUCAUAUACUGGUAUCGUCAGAACAUUAAAAAAAGUUAAAAAACGUACUGAAGCUGGAGCUGCAGGAAAGCGGGAAAGACAAGUAACAUUAAUGGUUGCACUUAUGAUUAUUGCUUUUUUAUUUGCUUGGACGCCAUAUGCAACGUUUGCAUUAGCUUCGCAAUAUUUUUCUUAUCAGUUAACGGGCUUAAUCGCAGCAGUGCCGAGUGUCCUGGCAAAAUCAUCAAUUUGUUAUAACCCGAUCAUAUACGCAGGUUUAAACCCGCAAUUCCGUAAGUCGGUGAAAAAAAUGUUCGGAUGUAAAGAUUCUCAGCAAAAGACAGGAAGAGAAGCAAAGCCAAGUACUGUUCAAAUAAAUGUAACAACCAAAGUUUAAAUUUAAAAACAAAUAAUAUACUGGUUCAUCUUCGCUAGUUAUUAUUUAAUAUUUAAAAAUUAAUCAUAAUAUUUUUCUAUGCGGUUUUAAAAUUUAAAAAUACAUAUAUUAUAAGUCAUACAUUUAUUCAUAUAACAUAUAAACACAUACAUCGAUUUAUAAUGAUUAAAAUUAUUGAUACGAUAUUUUUAUUCAAAUCAUGUAGUAUCUUGUGUCUUGCAUCACUCCUGUCUAAAGGGAAAGUACAAAAAAAUUGCAUCAAUUAAAUUAACAUAUUACUAAAGCUUAUUAACUGACAAUAUAAUUUGACAUUAUUGUCUUGUGAUAUCAAAACGAGUGAGUCAAUUAGUUAAAUAAAAACGAGUAAAUAAUAAUUAUACACUCUUAACAUAUACACUAA